CCGAGAUUGAACCACCCAUCAUCUAUCGUUGGAUGGUAAUAAUCGGGCUGGUGAGGAAUCGGCCGUCCAUAGAGACUCUUUUCCUUUCUCGUUCUUGUUUCUUUUCAAACCCGGUCUUCUUACAAUCCCUGCCCUGUCUACACAUCUACCGAGGCUACAUAUCUCGAGAGAUAGCUACGCAAGCGACCGCCUUUGAUCCCCACCACCACACUCAGCCCGCCGCCGCGACGACACUCCGCGCUGGAAACCACCGGGUCGGUCGCAUGAUGAUAACGAUGCAGCGCCCCCUGCAACUUCAACUGUGCUGACGCUGAGCGAACGAGCAUCCAUCGGACGAGCAUCCUGAUCUAUUCUCCCUCUCUCUCUUUCCGGGUGCGCACAUACACACACACACAUACCCAACACCUACGAAGACCAAACGGGUGGUACACUUGGGAGGGACGGAUAUAUCCGUGCGCCCAUCUUGCGUCGCUCGGCAGAUUUGUCAAAGAGUGAGUGGGAAAAGAGACGGAGACAGUGUCCCAACGCACGCACAUACGGAGGACAAACAUACAAAGCUGCGCUGGCAUUUGCGUCACCGCUAUCUGUCAAUCAGUCACUCCCCCGAGGUCGAACCUCCCGUCGCAAAUCCCCCCCUCCUACUUUUAAUUAAUCAAUCCCACCAGCGCCCGCCGAUACCAUCGAGCGAAGAUAUCCACACGCAUUACACACAGGUCACAGACAACCAUAUAAUAAUCCGUUAAAACAUAAAACUCAGCCCCGAAAGACAGCGAACAUGGGCGACGCCGGUCCUUUGACUCCCGACCCGCUCUUGCACGAGGCCGGCGCCGCUGAAGACGGCCAGGUCGAGGCGGACGCGGCGCCUCCCCUCAGAGAGGUCAAGGUGCUUGUUACGGGCUUCGGGCCGUUUAAAUCUUUCCUCAUAAACCCCUCGUGGUUAAUCGCUUCGGCACUGCCCGACGAGCUCUAUCCCUCCCAAUCUACCGUCUCUCCGCACAAAGCGCCCGACUACAAAAUCAAACUGCUCGUCUAUCCCUCCGCGAUCCGAGUCUCCUACUCCACCGUCUCCACCACCGUCCCCACCCUCAUCGCGACCCACAGUCCCGAUUUCAUCCUGCACAUUGGCAUGGCCGGCGGGCGCGACUGCUACUCCCUCGAAACCCGCGGGCACCGAGACCACUACCGGAUAAAGGACGUCGACGACUGCGACGGCUUCACCUGGGGCGAGAGCCGAUGGAGAUCCGAGGGGAUUCCCGAGGUGCUCUACGUCGGAUGGGAUGAGGUGGAUGUGCUGGCGCGGUGGGAGGACGGCGUCCAGAUGGGACUGAGAGAGCGAGGUUUCUUGGGGACAGGGGAGAGGGAGAAGGCGUUGUCGGAAACUGGAAAGCGAGAGAACGAGGCUGAGACGCCAGCCACACGAGCGGUACCGCUCAUCCCGGUCGGACGAGCCAGCAUUCCGAUGAACCUGAUGUGGGGGACCAGCAAUAUGCCCGUGUCAUCGACCAAGGCGGAUGAGCACAGAAGAAAAGCCAUGGUCAAGUUGUCUUGCGAUGCUGGACGGUUUCUGUGCGAGUAUGCUCUGUUUGAGAGCUUGAGUCGCAGAUGGCUGGAGGGACAGAGACGGAAGGAGGGCGAUGAUGAUGUCGCUAGAGGGGAUCGGCAAGCGGCAGAUCACCAGCAAGCUGACUCAACCUCAUCGUCAGCCUCACCCGAGGUCGACGUCUCCCCUUCCUCUGGUUCUGGCUCCUUUCGGUCCGACUCAGACCUGGCCCCCGAACGCGUCGGCAAGGUGGCUUUCCUGCACGUGCCGGGCUGGACGGGCGUGGAGGACAUCAACCGCGGCGUGAUGGUCGCUGAGGAGGCGAUUCGCGCGUUGGUUGGUAGUUGGGAGGACGGGUACAGGCGGAACGGGAUUGGUGCCAAGGUGGUACCUCAGGCCUAUACCAAGCAGCAUUCCGAGGACGCCGGCAGGGUGGCGUCAACGUGGAGAGCCUGAGACAACCGGCCGGAGAAUGUUGUGCAUCUAAGGGACCUGCGUGUGGCAUUAGGUUACGGAACACCGGGAUGUGAUAGACCAAGUUAUGUACAUGGCCAGGGAUGACGACUGUAUAUGGAACGAUAAACGAAGAUGUGAUGAUGGCGACCAUCUGAUGUUGCAGAUGGUGAAGCCUAAACCCCACAGUUUGCCGCGCUCUCACCUAGGUACGCGUCGAGCUGCUCGUGUUGCG